AUGAGCGAAUUGAAAGAGUUCGAUGAAUUUAAUUUUAAAGAUUAUGAUAAUUCUAAUAAUAAUAACGAAAAAGAAAAUGAUGAAGGACCUUCGAAUAUUUUUUAUGAAGAAAAUAAUGAAGUAGGAACAUCACUGGAUAAAAUAAAUUAUAUGAAUCCUAUAGAGAAUGUAGAUUAUAAUAAUAUGAACAUGUCAUCAAAUAAUUUCUAUAACGAAUUAAAUAAAAGAGAAAGUUCAAGUUCCUUAUUAUACAACAAUAAUAAUAAUAAUAUGAAUAAUAUAAAUAAUAACAUUCAUAAGAAAUAUAAUGGUAGCGAUAUUAAAAAUAAUGAUUCUUUUUAUAAAAGUAAUUUAUCAUCACCAAUUAAAGAAAAUAGAAUGUCUUUUGAAAAUUCUUAUGAAACCUUUUUUGAAAAAGAAUCAGAUAUUUCUGAUACAGAAGUUUCUGAUGUUUGGGAAAAAGAAAGAUUACAAAGAAUAAAAGAAAGAAAAGAAUAUGAAGAAAAAGAAAAAAAAGAAAUUAAAAAAAAAGCUGCUCAAGAUCUUAAAAAAUGGUAUGAAGAAAUAGCUAUUGUUAUUGAAGAAAAAAAAAAAUUAUCUAACCAAAAAUUAUCAGAAGAUAAAAAAAAAGAACAAAAUAUGGAUAAUAAAACAUGGUUAAAAGUAUCUCAAUAUCUAGAUAUGGAAAAAGGAGAAUACUUUAAGGAAAAUAGUCGAAUGAAGCAGGUCCUCCUUAAACUAAUACAAAAGGAAAGUUCAUAG